AACGCCCGUGUAUGGUUUUGACAUUGACAUUUCACACAAAAGAAAAGGUCGUACAGGUUCUGUUCUAUAAUAAUGAUUUUUUGAUAAUAUCCUUUGAGAUUAGUUAGAAGUUUAUAAUUUAGUUGUAGAAAUGGUUACUAUAAUAAAAAACCAAUUAUUGAAGCAUCUCUCAAGGUUUACAAAAAAUCUAUCACCCGAGCAAAUCUCCCUAUCAGCCCUCCGAGGCUCUGGAGAGCUGCAAGAUCUGACCCUUGACGAGGAUCUGCUGACAGACUUGUUGGAGUUGCCAGGAUGGCUGCGACUGACGUCAGCUUCCUGCAACAAAGCCACUUUCCGGAUACAGUGGACGAAGCUGAAGACGGUGCCUAUUGUGUUGAAACUAGAUGAGGUCCGGAUAGCCUUAGAAGUAUGCACCGAACCCAGAGUAGUGAACCCCGACGCUGCGGGUGCUAUGCCCGCCGCCGGCAAAUACAGCUACAUUCAUAAGGUAAUAGACGGAAUCUCGGUGGUUGUGAAUCAAGUGCAAAUAGACUUCGCGUGCGACGCGUUCACAAGCAACGUGCAGAUAUCCAGAGUGACCGUAGAAUCAAGGACGCCGGAGGGCCGGCGAGGGGACCUAAGACUGACUAGGAUCAAAAAUCCUGACACUGGCCAACUUUUAAUAUUUAAGGAGCUAGAAUGGCAGAGCGCUCGGAUAGAAGCCAAACCGCAUGGAGCGUCCGCGAAUUUACCGCCACUAAGGCUGUUACUGGGCAACACACACUGUCGAAUUGUGAUCAAAAAGAGGCUAGCGGACUGCGCCGUGAUCGGUUCUCGCCUGGCGAUCAGGCCGGAGCCGGUGGCGUGGGCGCUGACCGACGGGCAGCUGCGCGCGAUGCUGGCGUGCGCCGCGGCGCUGGCCGAGCCCGUCAAGCGAGCCACCGCCGCCGCCACCAGGGCCAAGGCUGCCAGAAAGGUAGAAGAGCCGCUAGAACAAAUUCACAGCCGCUCGUCGUCGAGCGAGCACGAUAUUCUCGCGCGAAUGUUCGCGAAACACGACGUUCGGGAAACAUCGUACCAUUUGUUGGCGCCGAGGAUAGACCUUCAUUUAUGUGACGAUCCCGGCUUGGGCCGAUCGGAACAUCCGUCCCUUUCUAACGGCGGCGCGCUGCAAGUUACUUUAGUGAGCAUGCAGGCCGACCUCUUCCCUUACCACAGAGCUUCCAACGAUCGAAGACAUUGGCGAGGAUACCGGGAGGCCGCCACACCUCACACCCAAUGGCUAUCGCAAGCCUUAUCGUCGUUUUGUGGGUCACUAUUGGACCUCUUGGACCCGAGACCCAUAACGCCUAGUAAUAAGCCCAGUCAAGAGAAGAAGAACGAAGAACCAGUGUCCAACGGCAUCAGUCACAAACCGACGCCCUCACAAACCAGUGCUUCCACCGCUCCGUCCGCCAACACUACCUCACAAGCUUCUCCGACGAGAACGAAGAUUCUUCAGCAGCUGGGCAAGUUAAUGACCACGUGCCUCGUACUUAGGAUAGACGAUUUUACCGUUUACAAGGUGUCAACUAAAUCUCGAGAGGCGCCGCGUCCGUUAGUGUGCGCAGAAAAGUCCACAAUGCCGGGCGACGCGGGACUACUACACGCUGAACUGACGCACUUUUACUAUCCGGGGGACGUUAACUUUCCUGUCCCCGCCCCGAAGCUGUACGUGCAGCUGAGCCCCGUGCGCGUGCACGUGGACGUGGCCAGCGCCGUGUGGCUCGGCGCCUUCCUGCCGCACGUGGCCAGGGCGGCCAGCGCGGCCGCCACCGCCGUCGGCGCUACCAUACAUUCGUCGACAGCUGCGGCUAGCGGAACUGCUUAUUAUGACGUCCGAGCCGAAGCUAUAAUGCCUAAGAUAGUGCUAGAGGCAGGACCAGAACACAUCCCUCAACAGCGCGACCGGCCUAAAGAGCUACACAUAUGCACCGCCAGAGCUAUACUGACCAACGUACGAGAGUCGCCAAGAACCACCUCGGCGGGCUCGCGCGCGGAGCUGGCCGGCACGCUGGCCGCGCUGCGCCGCCUGGCGCCGCCGCGCGGCCGCUUCCCCUGCUCCGAGGGCGACAUGGACCCCGUACACGAACAGUUCGUCCUGCACGCCGAAAACUUGGACGACAUAGAUCGCGGCACAGCGGUAUGCCCAGAACUGCUAUGGCGGGAAAACAGGAGUAUAUGGUGCGCGCGCGUCGAGCCUCUGUGGGCGGACCUGUGCGGCGCGCGCGCCACCAACGGCAAACCUGCGCCCUUGUUGGACGCCUGUCCCCUUACAGCUUGGUUAUGCUUCAACGAAGACUUCUCCCGCAUCUGGGCAGUGGCUCGCACCACGGGCCUGGCCGGGCUGCAGCUCAACCACUACCAGAUGCUCUUCCUGCUGCGCCAGCUGGAGCGGCUCUCGGAGAUGAUGGCUUGGCUCGCCCACGAUGCGGCCAGGCAACCUGACGCUAGUGCAGGGUCAAUAGUUGUAGGCGUGGUCGUGCCAGCAGUGGAGUUGACGCUGGUUCUGCCCUCGAACUGCCCUGGACAGGAGUCGUCCAGAGACCUCGACAGUGUUCCUUUGGACUCUUCUAGCCUUCAGGACAUGAAAAUGGGAUCUGAAACGACAAUGGCGCCAUCUACGUUAGUCGGCGAUAGCGGUAUCAUUAGCAGUACACAGCCUGUGGAGAUAUGCUCAGCGCAACCACUCCCUGCGGAGGAAAUGCCACCGCCCAGUCCAGGCCUUAGUUUUGGAGGUUUCUCUUCAAUGCGUCGCGGACUGACGUCUCUAGUGACAUCUAUCGACAGCGCGUGGACGCGCGACGACGCACGUAGCGACGCCGCUUCCACGGCGUCCUCUGACAGCGAACGUUAUGUCGUUGUAGGCUUGGCUUGUGAAUCACCUCUCGACGCGGAUCAGGCAUUCAGAGAGUUCGAACACGGGCGUAUGUCUACGGCCGGUGUAGAGGUUGCGGCAGAAGUUUUGGAACGUUCCUCUUCGCCCAGCGACCAUUCUGUAACCAGCUCCUGUCGCCGGCGAGAUGUGAUAUCGACGUGCACGUGGCGCCUGCACGAGCUGCACGCGGUGCAGCAGAGCGCGGCGGGCGCCUCGCGCCUGCGCCUGGCCGCCGGGGAGCUGCGCACGGACGAGUGCGCCGCCAUACCCUGGGACGAGUUCCAGAACCGACUCAAGAACAAAUUCUCGAUGCGAGCGCGGGCCUGGACCGAGCCGGCCGUGGACGACUGCGACCUGAAGCCCAGAGAUACUCCAAAAGUGGCUGCUAGGUUGACCAGAUCUGAACUACCAAGGGUUCCUGAUGAGAACGGUGUAACAUCAGGGCUGGCGCCAUUUGAGGAGCUAUUAGAGGCCCGUGUUAGCGAACUGAGCAUAGCCCUAAACAUGAGCACGGCCCUGGCGCUCGCCGAGUUCAUUGAAGACGAGGUGCUCGCUCCGCCCAUGCCUUUGGAAGUAUUAAUAGAAAAUGUGAAGCUCCACCUAAUCGAAGACCGCCCCACGCGCUCCAUCUCCUCGCCCCCCCCGCAGCCGCUCGACGUGGCGCUCUCCGCGCUGCGCCUCGCGCGGGACCGCGCCGGCGUGCUGCGCCUCGGCCCGCCCCCACACUACCCGUCCCCGUCCACACCGCACCAACCGGAGCUGGACGAAGCGAGAGGGAAGAUAGAUAGCUUGACUAGAGAAAAUGAAGAGUUGAGAAAAAGGCUGAUGACUUUGGCUAGGAUUGCGGAGGAUAACAGAGAAUUGAGAGCAAAAGCGGAAGAGGUGUCAGUGUUACGUCAGUGCGUACACACGGCGCAGCAGGAAGUCUCUAGUUUGCUAGCGGACAAGCAGGAGCUGCUAGAGGCAGUGCGAGUUUUGCAGGAGAAAUUGGGAGUGCGCGGGAAAAGGUAGCGCUCCCGCGGCCGCGCCGGCGGCGACUCCUGCAGUCUGGACUGCACGCACUGCUGCGGCGACGCCUAGCCAGUCUGGACUGCACGCACUGCCGCGGCGACGCCUAGCCAGUCUGGACUGCACGCACUGCCGCGGCGACGCUUAGCCAGUCUGGACUGCACGCACU